GGAUUUAUUUGAGGCCCAUAAAUUUAAUCAAAGCAUCUGCACUGCGCGUGCUGGAAUCCACUAAACUAUAACCAAGCCAACCCUGUCGCCCUCUCUCGGCCUUUCUUUCUGGUUUUUUUUUUUUGUUUUUUGGGUUAAAACCUUUCUUUCUGGUUCGAAAGCCCUAAAUCUCUGUGUCUCACCCUCUCCCGCCAUGAGCGCGAGCUUCGGAGCGGCGGCGGAACAGCUCUUCCGCUGCACGGCAGCGGCGGCGGGAAGGCCCGUCGAUCGGCAGCCGUCUGCUUUCGGCGCGAUUCCCGUCAACCGGAUUCGGCUGCCCCGGGGGUCGCUGCGGAUGGCGGCGCCGGCGAAGGACCGGAAGGAGCGGAGGAGGAUCGGGGGAUUGGAAAUCUCGUGUUCUAAGGGCGGCGAUGGAGGUCGAGGUCUCACUUAUAAGGACGCCGGCGUGGAUAUCGACGCCGGGACGGAGCUGGUUCGGAGGAUCGCCAAGAUGGCCCCCGGGGUCGGAGGGUUCGGCGGUCUCUUCCCUUUGGGAGAUUCGUACCUUGUUGCUGGCACGGAUGGUGUGGGCACCAAACUGAAGCUUGCAUUUGAAACUGGUAUCCAUGAUACCAUUGGGAUUGAUUUGGUGGCCAUGAGUGUGAAUGACAUUGUUACCUCUGGAGCAAAACCAUUAUUCUUCCUUGAUUACUUUGCGACAAGUAAUUUAGAUGUGGAUCUUGCGGAGAAGGUAAUAAAGGGGAUUGUUGAUGGAUGCCAGCAGUCUGAUUGUGUUCUGUUAGGUGGGGAGACAGCCGAAAUGCCUGAUUUCUAUGCAAAAGGAGAAUAUGAUCUUAGUGGUUUUGCUGUUGGCAUUGUUAAAAAGGAUUCAGUAAUUGAUGGGAAAAAUAUCAAGGUUGGAGAUGUUCUCAUAGGUCUUCCAUCAAGUGGUGUUCAUUCGAAUGGGUUUUCUCUUGUGAGAAGGGUUCUGGCACAAAGUGGUCUCUCUUUGAAUGAUCAGCUUCCUGGAAAUAAUGGCAAACCUAUAACUUUAGGUGAAGCUUUAAUGGCACCUACUGUUAUUUAUGUUAAGCAGGUGAUUGAUAUUAUUAGCAAGGGAGGUGUGAAAGGAAUAGCCCACAUCACUGGUGGUGGUUUUACAGACAACAUUCCAAGAGUGUUUCCUUCAGGCCUUGGAGCUAAAAUCUUAACAAAUUCUUGGGAAGUCCCUGCUGUAUUCAAAUGGAUGCAAGAGGCUGGAGGAAUUGAGGAUGCUGAGAUGAGGCGGACCUUUAACAUGGGUAUUGGGAUGGUUCUUGUUGUUAGCCGCGAGGCAGCUGAUAGAAUACUUUCAGAAUGUCAAGGAUCUAGUACAGCUUAUCUCAUUGGGGAGGUCAUAACUGGUGAAGGUGUCGAGUUUGCCUGAAAUCUGUGUAAAUUGUUUUCAUUUGUGGAUGGUGAAUGAGGCAAAGGAGGCCAAUUUUGUUGUACUGGUUUCAGAACUUAUAUGGAGUCACCAUUACUGAGGCAACCAGUGAAUGCUGACUCUAAACCGUAGUUUCCAAUAAAAUCAUAACUUAUUUUGGUUUUCGGCUUA